AUGAGCAAGCAGCAGACACAGAAGGAUACGGCUUCGGGCCGUCAGCAGGAUCGCGAGAGCCGUACCUCCCAGACUCGACUCUUUACAACCCUCGGCAUUACAGAUGCCGCAGUCCAGCGUACGGUCAGCAACAUUCUCCGACAGAUAUACGAUGCAGGCUCUGGAGAUCUCAGGUCAAGCAUUCACAGGAAUAGAGUCCGACAAGGAAUUCGGGAUCGAAUGGACAAAAUGCCCGCAGCGAUCCAAAGCCACUCCGAAUCCCGAGAUAAAGUUGUGGACAUGCUUUAUAACUUGUUCAAACUCCUUCAAGCGCAAUGGAAGAAACAACCAGCUGCCACGUCUGCACAGCAGCCUCCAGCCCAGCCACAAAAUGUCGAACCACCUCGUGGUAGGUUUGACCAUUCUGGUCCAUCAGUAGUACCCGAUGCUGAUGUACAGAUCGUCACCCAUGAUAAUCCUGGUCAACCAUUCCCAAUUCGACUCAGCGAUCUUCUGCCUGAUGCAAAUAACCUCACGAACAGAAGCGAGGAUGGAGACUGGAUCAAUGCAUCUGCCAUUCGCCUCGAUGGUUUGAGACAGAAUCUUAUCAACGAAGGUUACAUGGUCGAGGGCACAACGCUCUGGUGGUGUCCUCACGCUCUGGAUCCUAUUGAUCCUGCGCAGCUUAGUACUCCCCAAGAUGGCGAAACACGCUUGACUUCGAUGAACUUGGCAUCAACUGUAAGACGAGCGAUCAGUAUGUAUUAUCCCUCUCAUCGACAGCCAUCUCCAGAUAAUCAGGACGGGACUCCCCGGCCGCCACUCGCACGACCCAAUUUUACCAUUAUCAUUCGACCUCGCACAGUCACUGGAGGUGUCUUGCUUCCGCAACAACCAGGAUUAGCACGUCCUAGUGUUGCUCAGCGGGGAUCCGUCACAACUGGCCCUGGAACUUCCAGAGUAGCCCCAGCAACGCAAACCCAGGAACCGAGUGUUCAACAGACGAUUGGUGAAACUCCCGUACCUCAGCGAAAUACUCGACAGCAACCUCUGCAAGCUUCGGUCGUCACCGAAAGCCCUUCUUCCCAAGCUCCUCCAACCGCAACGCCAGCUCCACAAAGACAGCUCAGGGUGGCCGCUGUAGAUGAUGAGCUGUUUGAUUUCACUGUUCCGCAAUCUGUCAUCGAUGCUCUGAACGCUCCAGGGCCAGGCUCUGGGUUGUUUGAGUAUCAAGGCUUGAGUAUAAUUCCUAGACGAAGCCCUCUUCCAGGGGAAGCACAGCCAACCACUCAGCCAACAGAGAAUACAGGUGAGAGACGUCGCAGAGCCCCCGACGACGAACCUUCUACGCGUCCAGCUCGAAGACGUAGACUCUCUGAUGGAGCCACCACACAACGCGAUCCAUUAGAUGAGUCUACCGGGAUAAGCAUGACCUUCGAUGCAGCUGCUUUACCAGCCACUGAAGGCUUGGAAGAAACGCAACGUCUUGGUCGAGCUCUCAGUGUGCCUCCACAGCCUAGUGUAGCCCGAUCACCGCCCCGUCCCCUUGCGACUGAAGCAUCUAGGCUGCGCAACCAAGCGUUCGGAACGCGAAGACGCCAAAAUAUAUACGAACAGGUGGGUGAGGCAUGGCUAGGUAUCAGUGAAGACCGCAUGCCUCCACAGGUCCAAGAAGCUAUCGCGAAUCGCCGCGUCACGGCAGAGAUCGAUCAAGGAACGGAAUUAUUGGCUUUGACUGGCGAUCCUGAGGAGGCUUCCGCUUCUCGGCCCGUCUCUGCCCCUCUCCCUCGCACGACGGAUCCCGUACCUACGGAGCCUGUUCCGGGCCCUCGAACUUCUAAUGACAAGAUCAUUGCUGCCCGUAAACGCCGCCGCCGCUUCAGCGAGUACCAGAAACGCCCUGCCGAAUCAUCUUCAUGUGACAGUCAGGACUCUCCUCGCAAGAAGCGCCGUAUCAAUACAAGCUCGUCGCCAUAUAAACCAAGCCCACCAAAGAAAGCCAAGCGAGGAGCCAAACGAGCUCCUACCGAGCAAGAACGGCUCUUGGCCGGCCAGGUUCGAGACGUGUCAGAAGGAGUAGAGCGUCUCUCCACUCAGCCAUCACAAUCUGCUCGACGAAACCAACAUCGCACUCUCUCACCACGAUAUGCUCCACGAAGCAAGCGUCGUUCUAGCUGUGUUACUACUUGA